UUAUUUUAAUUUGUACGCUUAUCAGCAGUGUCUGAGAGUGGCUGUUUCUCUGUGCCAUCAUCAGCUCUACUUAGUAUCAGAUUGUGUGAUCUUCACAAAUCGGUAGUAGAUAAAUGCUAUCUCUUUUUGGUUUACUUGGCUUUUCUCUUAUGAUUUUGGAUAAAUGUUUUUUAGGUGUUAUUCGUAUUUGUUUUUCCACUGAACUGCUUUUUUGUAUCAUUGACCUUUAUUCAAUUUUUCUUGGCCUUUAAAAUUUAUUAUUUUAUUUUGUCAUUACCUCUUGACGAGGUAUUAUAUUUAACUGGUUCAAAAAUCAAAGUGCUAUGAAAAGGAGCACUCAGCAAGUCGUGCGCCUGCAGUUGCUAGCUAUUUUAUUAGUUUCUUGUUGAUCCUUCCAUGGUUCUUAACAUGCAAAUACCAGCAAACACAAAUUUACUUGUUAACUCCCUUCUUACACAAAAGGCGACACCCUGUGUAUACCACUUGUGUAUUGUUUUUGUCACUUACUAUUUUCCUGGGGGCCUUUCUCACCCUUUUUCGUGGCUGUGUAUUUACCAGAAUUUACUCCAUCAGUCCUGUGUUGCUGGAUCACUUGAGCUUUUUCCAGGACUCUGCUCCUCAGUGCUGUGCUAAGUAGCCCCGUAUACAUGUGCCAGUUUGUCUGUGGACUGCAUUUCCAGAGUGAGAUUGCUAAGUUAAAAGGCACAUGCAUUUAAAAAGAUACGAUAGAUAUGGCUGGACUUCCCUACAUAGGUGUUAGAACAUUUUGCAUUUGUUCCAGUCUGUUUCCACAUCAUCUUUACAGUAGAUUGUCGAACUUGGAUUCUGGUCAAUCUGAUAGGUAAGAGAUGGCAUCUUAUUGUAGGUUUAAUUUGCAUCUCUCUUGAGUCAGGUUGAGUGUCCUUUCAUAUAGUCGCAGGCUGUUGAUUUUUAUUUUUGUGAGCUAGCUCUUAAUAUCUAGUUCCCUGAUUCUUCCCCAAGAAAAAUUCCAUAAAUAUUUUAACAGGAUUACAUUAAAUUUCUAGAUUAAUUUUGAAAUAACUGGGGUUUAUGUUGUGUCUUUUUAUCCAGAAACUUGUUAUGUUUUCCAUUUGUUCAACCCUUCAUAUAUAAAACUUUCUUCAUAUGCUUUUAUUUCUGAAGUUUAUUUCUGGGAAUUUUAUCUUUUUCACUAUUGCUUUAAAUUAGACUUUAUCACGUCUUUGAACGAAGAUUGUCCAUAGAUACACAGGCUAUUGUUUUCAGUAUUCGAAUCGUGUUCCCAGUUAUCUUACUGAAUUCUUCUUAUUCUUUAUGUUAGUUUUGUAGUAUAUGCUCCUGAUAAAAAAUCAUAUCAAUCCUGAUGUUUCAGGAUGUCAUUUUUUAGUUCCAGUCUUUUCUUUCUCUGUUGAGUGAUUAGUGCAUUCCAACACGCUUGUUUUUUUUUUUGAGCCGGAGUCUUGCCCCUGUCGCCCAGGCUGGAGUACAGUGGCCCGAUCUCUGCUCAUUGCAACCUCCACCUCCUGGGUUCAAGUGAUUCUUCUGCCUCAGCCUCCUGAGUUGCUGGGAUUACAGGUGUGCCCCUCCCUGCCCAGCUAAUUUUUGUAUUUUUUUUUUUUUUUUGAGCUGGAGUCUCACUCUGUCACCCAGGCUUGAGUGCAAUGGUGUUAUCUGGGCUCACUGCAACCUCUGCCUCCCAGGUUCAAGCGAUUCUCCUUCCUCAGCCUCCUGACUAGCUGUGAUUACAGGUACAUGCCACCACACCCAGCUAACUUUUGUAUUUUUACUAGAGACGGGCUUUCUCCACGUUAGUCAGGCUGGUCUUGAACUCCUGACCUCGUGAUCUGCCCACCUCCGCCUCCCAAAGUGCUGGGAUUACAGGCGUGAACCACCUCACCUGGCCUAAUUUUUGUAUUUUUAGUAGAGAUGGGGUUUCACCAUACUAGCCAGGCUGGUCUCUUAACUCCUGACUUCCUGAUCUGCCCAACUCAGCCUCCCAAAGUGCUGGGAUUGCAGGCAUGAGCCACCGCACCCAGCCCCAACACUCUUGUACUACAAAAGAGUCUGUGUGCUAUGUACUAUGUGUUGGUGGUUCUCAGGAUGUCCUUGCUUGCUCUUGGCUUUGAUGGAAAUGUGUCAAAUAUUUCUCCAUGAAGUGUGAUGUUUCCUUCUGAAUUGAAGUAUGUAUAUUUUUAUCAUGUGGAGAAAGCAUUUAUAUCUUUUUCUUUUAUUAAGUUUAAACAAAUCAUAAAUGGAUGUUGAAUUUUAUCAAAUGCUUUUUCAGUAUCCUUGGUGUCUCAGUCAGAGUCCAGUCAGAAAAACAGGAUACUCCAGCUAUUUCAGAGAGAAGAGAUUGAAUACAGGGAAUGGGUUACACAUGUGUUCCAAGGCUGACAAAACAGAGGAAACGGGGUACUAGGAUAGUGCAGACACUGUCACUUCCAGCACUGAGGAAAAGUAGGAGGUGAUGUUAGCACAGCUUUGGAGCUUCGUUCAGGGCUCCUGUGGAGCUGGUAUCCGGGCCUCUGAGAGAGGCACUGUGGAACUGCUGUACUGAUGUUUGAGGGUGUGGGUGUAGCUCAGUGAGUGUUUGAACCCCUGGGGAGGAUUUGUGACCUGGUGGGUGCCAGGUGAACUGAGAGGGGUCCCAUCUGGUCAGUGUUUGGAGAGCCAGCUGGUGAGGGAGUGAGUACAGUAGAGCCUGAGGACACAGCCUAGGGCUAAGCCCUGCGGCUUGCUGGUGUCUUUGAGGGGGUGUGGGGAGGCUGGCGCUAAGAGUGACAACGGAAGGUGGGGGCUGGAAGCACCAUCUGCUGCUGCUGGUGGCAUACUGACAGAAAUAGGAAACUGGGAAGGAAGUCCCUUUUUCUCUCCUGUCAUCUUCCAUCCUCCCUCUAGGACUUCCUGCUGGCAGAAGUUAACAGGGAGUCAGCCAACGUGGGGUCUGGAAAACCUAGUUGAGUUGGUGGAACUCUAGCCCCGGUGUUACAGCGUAUAGCAGAGUAGGCUUGGAGAGGAGGAGCAUGGCCAAAUAACCGCACAUGAGGAGUCAUGCCGUUCCCUGAACAUGCCAUUUCUAGGUGUCCGGAAUGGCUUGCACCAUGGUUAGGUUAGCUUCAUAUCAUAGUAAGAAAACUCAAACCUUUGCUAAAUUGCAGGUCACACCACGAAUUUGUUAACUCUCAUCAAUACUGAAUUCCAUUCAUUCUGUUAUGCUCUUACUCUUACCAACCUUCUUUGAUUUAAAGUGUGCAUAUUACUUUAGGCUUACAGCUAGUGCUGUGCAUAUAAUGGGCAAUGCUGCUGUGUCCUUUUCUUCUUGUAUUUUUUUGGGAAAGAGUCUCUCUCUUGUCCAGACUGGAGUGCAGUGACGUGAUCUUGGCUCACCGCAACCUCUAUCUCCUGGGUUCGAGCAAUUCUCCUGCCUUAGGCUCCUGAGUAGCUGGGAUUACAGGCAUGUGCCACCAUACCCAGCGAAUUUUUUUGUAUUUUAGUAGAGACGGGAUUUCACAUGUUGACCAGGCUGGUUUCAAACUCCUAACCUCAAGUGACCUGCCCGCCUUGGCCUCCCAAAGUGCUGGGAUUAUAGGCAAGAGCACCAUGCCUGGCCACUGCUUUGCCCUUCUCAAACCUCAGAUGAGCAAGAUUGCUGUCAGUCCCUGCAUCAGCUAACUGGAAGCACGGUGUAUUCCAAAUCUUAGCCAUAUCUAACCUUCCUUUUUCUUCUAACUUCUAUUAUGCUUUCAUCAUCAAAGAGUAUGCCUAAUAGGAGGUGAAUUAUUAACGUGUAUUGGCAUCUGUAGAACAGCAGAAAUAUCCCUCGAAGCGCAAAAACAGUUUUAUCUGGUGGAUGUGUUCUAGGGUGGCAACCAUAUUUUCUGCUGCUUCGUGGAAUAAUUCUGUUUAAAACCUGUUGUCCAGGUGGGGCGUGGUGGCUCACACCUGUAAUCCUAGCACUUUGGGAGGCCAAGGCAGGUGGAUCACCUGACGUCAGGAGUUUGAGACCAGCCUGACCAACAUGGUGAAACGUCGUCUCUACUAAAAAUACAAAAAUUAGCCAGGCGUGGUGGUGUGUGCCUUUAAUCCCAGCUUCUCAGGAGGCUGAGGCAGGAGAAUCGCUUGAGCCUGGAAGGUGGAGGUUGCAGUGAGGUGAGAUCAUGCCAUUGCACUUCAGCCAGGGCAACAAGAGUGAAGUGUUAUCUCCAAAACAAACAAAACCCAAAACAACAACAACAAAAAAAACUUGUCUGAGCAUAAUUAAUAAUAGCACCCUUUCUUUUUAAAUGUGCCCUGGUUUGUCCAGGUGGAAUGGCUUAUGUCUGUUAUCCCAGCACUUUGGGAGGCUGAGGUGGGAGGAUCACUUGAGGCCAGGCGUUUGAGACCAGCCUGGCCAACAUGUUGAAACCCCAUCUCUACUAAAAAUGCAAAAAUUAGCUGGGUGUAGUGGCUCAUGUCUGUAAUCACAGCUGUUCAAGAGGCUGAGGCAUGAGAAUCACUUUUUUUUUUUUUUUUGAGAUGGAGUCUUACUCUGUCACCCAGGCUGGAGUAUAAUGACAUGAUCUCAGCUCACUGCAACCUCCACCUUUCGAGUUCAAGCGAUUCUCCUGUCUCAGCCUCCUGAGUAGCUUGAAUUACAAUUGUGCCCUACCACACUCGGGUAAUUUUUUUGUAUUUUUAGUAGAGAUGGAGUUUCACCAUAUUGGCCAGGCUGGUCUCAAACUCCUGACCUCAGGUGAUCCACCUGCCUUGGCCUCCCAGAGUGCUGGGAUUACCAGCGUGAACCACUGCGUCUGGCCGAGAAUCACUUAAACCCAGUUAAUGGAGGUUGCAGUGAGCCAAGAUGGUGCUACUACCCUCCAGCCUGGACUAUAGGGUGAGAUGCCAUCUCAAAAAAAUAAAAGUGCCCUGGUUUUGUUGCUGUGGUCCCUUUACAUCGAAUCUUUCUGACUGAUGUUCAAGCUGUCUUCCCUGGUGGAGUUCUGUUCUAUUAGAAAUUCUAAAAGUUGGCAGGGCGCGGUGGCUCACGCCUGUAAUCCCAGCACUUUGGGAGGCUGAGGCGGAAGGAUCACGAGGCCAGGAGAUCGAGACCAUCCUGGCCAACAUAGUGAAACCCCAUCUCUACUAGAAAUACAAAAAUUAACUAGGCAUGGUGGCACGUGCCUGUAGUCCCAGCUACUAGGGAGGCUGAGGCAGGAGAAUAGCUUGAACCCAGGAGAGGGAGGUUGCAAUGAGCCGAGAUCACGCUACUGCACUACAGCCUGGGUGACAGAGCAAGACUCAAAAAAAAAAAAAAAAAAAAAAUUCUAAAAGUUAACCUCUCAGGUAAUUAACCACGGUCCUUCAUAGGUCACCACGUGAGGAUGCCAUCCAGAGAGAGGUCAAAGUCUGGGGUUGGGCUGUUACAAGGACCUGCAAUAUCAGAUUGCAUAUGUGCCUAUAAUGACCUAUGUGUCCAUGAUCUUCAGCAUACAUGUUUUCUCAGGAUGUAUUCUCAGACAUGCAAACACAUGCACAUCUCUAAGGGAUUUAUUUUCAACCUUAAGUAUUACUAUCCUUUAAUAAGGGAAUGAUUCUUUGCAAGAUGAGCAGUCCUUUUAAUCUUUUUAAAUUGCAAGUCUUGGGUGCAAGGGCGUAACAGGGAAUGCCUGGUAUGGACCAGUUGUUAAGGCUCCACACAGCAACAAUGGCCAAGUGUUCUUUAGGUUGUGAGUAGGUUGUGAAUUUCCUUACAGUUUGAUAAGGUUUCUUCUGUUACGGGUUUUUGAAUACUUUCUUUCUUUCUUUCUUUUUUUUUUUUUUUGUGACGGAGUCUUGCUCUGUCAUCCAGGCUGGAGUGCAAUGGCGCAAUGAUCUCGGUUCACUGCAACCUCCGCCUCCUGGAUUAAAGAAAUUCUACUGCCUCAGCCCCCCAGUAGCUGGGACUACAGGCAUGUGCCACCAUGCCCAGCUAAUUUUUGUAUUGUUAGUAGAGACAGGGUUUCACCGUGUUAGCCAGAAUGUUCUCAAUCUCCUUACCUCGUGAUCCACCUGCCACUGCUUUUCAAAGUGCUGGGAUUACCGUGAGCCACCUUGCCCAGCCAGGUUUUGCAUACUUUCAAGGGAUUUUCUUAAACCUGAGAGUUCAGAGAUGUCUGUUCUGAAUGAGAUUUUAAGAAGAAUGACUUUAGAAAGGGUUCUCCCAUAGCAAAUUAGGUCAGCAACUUCACUUUCCAUGCUUUUCACACUUUUGGGCUAUUUGUCACCUAGUUUCUGGGUCAGGUGUGUAGAUAUGCCAAUAGACUGGCUGUUUAGGUGAACAACAAGAUGUCUCAAUACCCUGGUUGUUACUAAUACUCAAAAGAUCGAUUAAGUGUGAGGUUUCAUUAAGGGCAACUUUUUUUUUUUUUUUUUGAGACAGAGUCUCGUUCUGUCACCCAGGCUGGACUGUAGUGGCGUGAUCUCAGCUCACUGCAACUUCUGCCUCCUGGGUUCAAGCAACUCUCCUGCCUCAGCCUCCCGAAUGGCUGGGUUUAUAGGUGCCCACCACCAUGCCUGGCUAAUUUUUGUAUUUUUAAUAGAGACAGAGUUUCACCAUGUUGGCCAGGCUGGUCUCGAACUUCUUACCUCAUGAUCCACCCGCAUCAGCCUCCCAAAGUGCUGGGAUUACAAGUAUGAGCCACUGUGCCUGGCCAGGGCAACUUCUUUUCUCCAGGAAUGCCACUUAAUGCCACUCUAGGACUGGCUCUGAGAAAGAUGGGAGAAGCUUAAUCUUUCUUGCUUUCUGUAACUGUAUGCUGUUUGGUACAGGGUAGCCCUGCAAAUACGACAGAAAGAUCGUUUGCAGUGAGAAUGGCUGGAGGUUGACGCCCAACUUUCUCUGUUCAAGAACAGUUGUUUCCCAUUUGUCAGUUGUGUUAGGUCCAAGGGAUUUCCAGGAACUCCUCAUGAGUCUGGAUCUUAAGGAAUCAAUGAAGCCCAAUCAGAAAUAUCUUAAUGUCAGUUUCUUUCUUUCUUUUUUUUUUUGGGUGAGAAUUAAAAUUUUAUUAUCUUUUAAAUUUUUUGUGGGUCCAUAGUAGGUGUAUAUAUUUAUGAGGUACAUGAGAUGUUUUGAAAUAAGCACAUUGUGGAGAAUGGAGUAUCCAUCCCUGGAAGCAUUUAUCCUUCAAGUUACAAAUAAUCCGCAUACCUUCUUUAAGUUACUUUAAAAUAUAUGAAGUUUUCCAAAAAGGAAUGCUUUCUCUGAGAGGCUCCCCAUGGUGAGGGUUCUUUGUGGUGGUGGAGGAAUUAAUGAUGGUACAUUUGGGUUUCAUGCCCUUUCUACAGAGGUGAUGGGAGUUCUCUUUCCGUGUUUGCUUUGCAGGUGCUGAGGGCAGUGAGUCAUCUUUGCUCAAUCUUGUUUCUCCUGGUGACACAGGAAUGUACCUUUACCAAAAACUUAUCACAGAAUCUAUGAUAUGUUAUUUCCAUUUGGUUAAUGAUUAAAACUAUCUUUGGGUUUCUUCCUACCAUCUUUUCACAUUUACUUGGGAAAAAUGCAAAAGGAAUAUUUCAUUUUCACCGCACUAGUGCCUGUGAUACAUGCAGUCUUGAGCUGGGGACGAAAAAAGCAAGGAACUGCUUAGCUUUGAUUUAAUCCUUAAAUCACUUGGACAAAACCAACUGAAGGGAGAAAAGGUUGCAGAAGGCACUGGAAUUCUCUUUUUUGUUUUUUCAAAAGAAAGGGUCUCACUAUAUUGCCCAGGCUGUAUUCAAACUCCCAGGCUCAGGCGAUCCUGCCUCUGCCCCAAGUGGUUGGGAUUACAGGCAUACACCACCGCUCCCAGCAACAGUGGACUUGUUAAAAGCAGGCUGGCUCUUGUCUGACUUGCUUGCAGUUAGCACCCACACUGCUUAUGAAAGUAGCAGCGAGUUUCAGGCUUUUUCCUUGUGGUUCGUGUGACCUUGUGUUCCCAGUAUUUACCAAAUAUUUUAAAUAGUUUCCCCAAAAAUUUCCUCUUUCAUUUCUCACAGUGUGCACAUUCAGACCAUAAAAGGACCUACUGGAAUAAAUGCUGAAAUUUCACAAACCACAGUGUAUCUUAAUGAUAGGGUUUUAGAUAUAGACUUACAGGGGGGCUUUAUAGUCGUUUCAUGAUAGGCUGAAUUUUUCUAAAUCUUUGAUAUUUUCCAGUUUGCCUCCUUGGGAUUGCAUUUUGGUAGAGAAGUCUUCAAUACCCCAGUUUUCUGAACCUCAGUAGUCGUUAAUUGAACAACUACUUUUGGCAAUAACCUUCUUCUAUACCAUGGAGGAUAUCAAGAAAAAAAGGAGAAUUGACCAGAUGUAGUCCCUGCCUUGUAGAAUUUUACACUGGGAAGGGAGGGAUGGGAAGGUAAACAGAAUCACAGGAAUGUGGAGAGAGGCAGAUUCAUUCCAGCUGGAGGGCUUUGGGGAAGGUUUGGAUAGGCCGUGGCAUUUGAACUUGCCCUGACAUGAUUGGUUGGAAGUAGACAAAGCAGUGAUGGGUUGGGAGGGGAUUUUAAAUAAUGCAGAUAGAUUGAGCAAAGGCUUGGAAGUAGAACAGCGCUUGGCAUUUGCUGGGAGAAGGGGAGUGAUAGUCACUCUGUGGACUGGAAUCGUAGUCUUAAUGGGACAGGCGAUAGGAGAUGGUCUUCAUCCAACUGUGUGUAUUAUGUGCCAAGAACCUUGCAAAGAAAGACUUCUUCAGGCUCCCUGACCCGUUUGCAAAGAUUGUCGUGGAUGGGUCUGGGCAGUGCCACUCAACCGACACUGUGAAAAACACAUUGGACCCAAAGUGGAACCAGCACUAUGAUCUAUAUGUUGGGAAAACAGAUUCAAUAACCAUUAGUGUGUGGAACCACAAGAAGAUUCACAAGAAACAGGGAGCUGGCUUCCUGGGCUGCGUGCGGCUGCUCUCCAACGCCAUCAGCAGAUUAAAAGACACCGGAUACCAGCGUUUGGAUCUAUGCAAACUAAACCCCUCAGAUACGGAUGCAGUUCGUGGCCAGAUAGUGGUCAGUUUACAGACACGAGACAGAAUCGGCACCGGCGGCUCAGUGGUGGACUGCAGAGGCCUGCUAGAAAAUGAAGGAACGGUGUAUGAAGACUCGGGGCCUGGGAGGCCGCUCAGCUGCUUCAUGGAGGAACCAGCCCCUUACACAGAUAGCACUGGUGCUGCCGCUGGAGGAGGGAACUGCAGGUUUGUGGAGUCCCCAAGUCAAGAUCAAAGACUUCAGGCACAGCGACUUCGAAACCCUGAUGUGCGAGGUUCACUGCAGACGCCCCAGAACCGACCACACGGCCACCAGUCCCCGGAACUGCCUGAAGGCUACGAACAGAGAACAACAGUCCAGGGCCAGGUUUACUUUUUGCACACACAGACUGGAGUUAGCACGUGGCACGACCCCAGGAUACCAAGUCCCUUGGGGACCAUUCCUGGGGGAGAUGAAGCUUUUCUAUACGAAUUCCUUCUACAAGGCCAUACAUCUGAGCCCAGAGACCUUAACAGUGUGAAUUGUGAUGAACUUGGACCACUGCCGCCAGGCUGGGAAGUCAGAAGUACAGUUUCUGGGAGGAUAUAUUUUGUAGAUCAUAAUAACCGAACAACCCAGUUUACAGACCCAAGGUUACACCACAUCAUGAAUCACCAGUGCCAACUCAAGGAGCCCAGCCAGCCGCUGCCACUGCCCAGCGAGGGCUCUGUGGAGGAUGAGGAGCUUCCUGCCCAGAGAUACGAAAGAGAUCUAGUCCAGAAGCUGAAGGUCCUCAGACACGAACUGUCCCUUCAGCAGCCCCAGGCUGGUCAUUGCCGAAUCGAAGUGUCCAGAGAAGAAAUCUUCGAGGAGUCUUACCGCCAGAUAAUGAAGAUGAGACCGAAAGAUUUGAAAAAACGGCUCAUGGUGAAAUUCCGUGGGGAAGAAGGUUUGGAUUACGGUGGAGUGGCGAGGGAAUGGCUUUAUUUGUUGUGCCAUGAAAUGCUGAAUCCAUAUUAUGGGCUCUUCCAGUAUUCCACAGACAAUAUUUACAUGUUGCAAAUAAAUCCAGAUUCUUCAAUCAACCCCGACCACUUGUCUUACUUCCACUUUGUGGGGCGGAUCAUGGGGCUGGCCGUGUUUCAUGGGCACUACAUCAAUGGGGGCUUCACAGUGCCCUUCUAUAAGCAGCUCCUGGGAAAGCCCAUCCAGCUCUCGGAUCUGGAAUCCGUGGACCCGGAGCUGCAUAAGAGCCUGGUGUGGAUCCUAGAGAAUGACAUCACACCGGUGCUGGACCACACCUUCUGCGUGGAACACAAUGCCUUCGGGCGGAUUCUUCAGCAUGAACUGAAACCUAAUGGCAGAAACGUGCCUGUCACAGAGGAGAACAAGAAAGAAUAUGUCAGGUUGUAUGUAAACUGGAGGUUUAUGAGAGGAAUUGAAGCCCAGUUCUUAGCUCUGCAGAAGGGGUUCAAUGAACUCAUCCCUCAACACUUGCUGAAGCCUUUUGACCAGAAGGAACUGGAGCUGAUCAUAGGCGGCCUGGAUAAAAUAGACCUGAACGACUGGAAGUCGAACACGCGGCUAAAGCACUGUGUGGCUGACAGCAACAUCGUCCGGUGGUUCUGGCAAGCGGUGGAGACGUUUGAUGAAGAAAGGAGGGCCAGGCUGUUGCAGUUUGUGACUGGGUCCACGCGAGUCCCGCUCCAAGGCUUCAAGGCUUUGCAAGGUUCUACAGGCGCGGCAGGGCCCCGGCUGUUCACCAUCCACCUGAUAGAUGCAAACACAGACAACCUUCCGAAGGCCCAUACCUGCUUUAACCGGAUCGACAUUCCACCAUAUGAGUCCUAUGAGAAGCUCUACGAGAAGCUGCUGACAGCCGUGGAGGAGACCUGCGGGUUUGCUGUGGAGUGAAGAACAACCAAAGGCAACAGAGUCUAGCUCAUGGCCACCAGACCAAAAGCAUCCAGCUUCUGUGCGCCUCCUGCAAAGCUGGCAGAGGCCCUGGAAUUCCGGAUCAUCUGAGGGGAAAGAGUUGUCUCUCUCCUUUCUGUUGCGGGAGGGGGAUGGGGGACUUUUGUUGGUGGCUCCCACCCAUACAUCCCUCCUUAUUAUAGUACUCCCACCCACUUCCAUCACCCAUCCAAUAAAAUGCAGCCAGCCAGGGCCUUUGGCUUCGGUCACACAGGCUAUUCUGCUAUGGUUGCAACCCAUGUGGUGAUAAGGCUCACGGCCCUGAGCUCUUCACAGGAGCAUUGGCUCACAGUUAGGGGACUGAGCGUGGUUGACAGAGUUUGAAACUGGUGGCUGUCCCAGCUAUUCCAUCUCAAAACAAACAGCCUGGAGGCCCCUUUUCAAUUUGAGCAGCUGCUAGAUAUCUUACCAGAGCUCAGAUUACGAAUUUCACAUCCCAGCAGCCUGUUAUGGGUAGCAGAAAUUUCCAACUGAAAAAUAACUAUAUAACGUAUGCUUAAUGGAAUUCUGCCACAGUAGGAAGCUUGAGUCAAAACGUGUUUCCCCUUUGAAAGGAGAAGGAAUUGGAGCAGCUUUUCCUGGAGGCCCAGGAUAUUUCUUUUCUGGGUAUCUUGGCUGAAAAUUUUGUUUUACAAAACGAGAAAAAUGAUCUUUCAAGGGUUCCUUUUGCCGCAUUAUCUGUCCAGUUUGACUUUUUUUCAGUGAAAACACAAAGUCACAGAGUGUAUAAAGGAACAGACCAAAACCAGCCCUAGAGCCAACCAGUCAGUCCCAAAGCUGUGAGCUCUGUGCCACUGUUGUCCAUAGAAACAUCGCCUGUGUCACUGAAAAUACUAGUGAACCACAAUGCGGCAACUAAGAGCUAAACUAACAAAGUGGUGUUAUCAUGGCUGCUGGCUUGGUGUGAACUCGCUCAAAAGCAAUGGGGAAAGGAUAACCUCGAGGCAAAUCCACCCAAAGAUACUGUCUAUAAAAAGCAGGGUGUGGACGCAAACCUGUGACCACGGGGGUUGGGGGCCGACUACACACUGCCUCAUGUGGCCCCUUUCCCAGUGGCAGCCGGUGACGAUUGCUACUCGGUUCGCUUGCCCAGACGUCUUCGUACAAUGAGCAAGGCCAAAAGCAAGCCUAGACUCCAAGCUUCUGACACCAUCUACAGUUUGCACAAAAGUCAAACAGUGUUUUAUCUUAAGUGGCUUCACGUCGAGUAGCUGAACUUUGGCAAAAAAACAGCAGCAACCAAUGUUCCUGUAUGGUUUCUUUGUUGUUUUUGUUUGGGGUGGGGGCAAGUACAGGGUAAUUCAUUAGCAAGACAUUUCACUGCUGUCGAAGUCUCUGGGAUCCCGCUGUGGGUCUGAGAUGGCCUGGGAAGGACCUUGUGGAUGACUGUUUUAUCUGUUCUUUUUGUCACUGCUACCUUCUGGGCUGCUGAGGUUCUAGAAUGGAAGGGCUGCCAAACAAGGUUUGCUGCAGGAGGAAAGUUCAAUCCCUUAUGCCGAAAGUCCAGGCUAAAUGGUGGGCUCAGCUUCUUUCAAAAGUUCUGCAUUGCCCCAGGUGGGCGUAUCGUGUGUCUCAUUCACCAUGAUGCUUCCUGAGGACGUUCUAGAAGCCCAUUCCCCAGUGGCUCUAUCCAGCCUUUCCUUGCAUCUUCCUCUUGAAGGUGAGGAAGUGAAAACUACAGACCUCCCCCGGAGAGCCCACUCUAUCUUGAGCCUAACCUGCGGGAGGCGGGAGAGACGUCCAUCCAAGAACUGAAGCGGCCUCCAGGAUGAGGUCAGAGGAACUACCUGAUUUUCCUGGUGGUGGUAUCCAAAAUCUGCAGUAAUUAGGAAGGAAACCAGGGUCUUGUGGUUUAAAAGACUUUGAAGCAGGAAUGUUGCAUUUGACGCCUUUAAAACUACCUUUUUGCUGUUGGGAGGAGUCGGAGGCGAGCCUUAGCAGCUGUACCCACCAGCCCCAGGCUGGUCGGUGCUGCCCUGCCUCUCGUGCUGGGUGUCGCUUCAGCCCAGAGCCAGAGGGCUGUGCCCUCCAUGGGUGGCCCGGGUGGACACAUGCGUUCCCAUCCCAGCCCAGCCUCUCUCUGCUUUUCUACUUCCACCUGCGUGUGGGUUUGCCGCCUUGUCAUCGGUCGUGUGAGUGUCGCAGGCCUUUCCAGAGCUCCAGUCCACUCCUUCCAAACAGGCCUCCCUGUCAGUGGCACCGCACUCCUAGAACCUUCAGUUUCUCUGAUGGUUGGUUUAGUCCUUUUGAACCACCCCCAAGAACUCAAUAUGGCAAGCAAAUGGUAAAGCUCCCAACUGUUCUACUUUGGGUUCGCACAAAGCCCAUUCAUGUGUGAUCUCUGUGUUGCCCUUCUCGGUGGUCCCAGGCGAUCCAGCCAUGCCCCCUGCCCCUCUGCCCAGAUGCUUCAGGGGCCCAACCUUUCAGGCUUGCCCUCACCAGCGGCCAUCAGCCGACACUCAGGGAUGCAGCAACCACCACUCCACCAGUGCUUUCAGCAGGAAAGAGCUGAGGCUGCCUGGGAGGCCCUGGGCGAUGAGAAAAGGGCUCUCUCAAAUUCCGAAAAGAGAAUCUGCCACCAGAUCGAAUUCUGACCCCUAAUGUGUUCGGCCGUAUGGUUCGAAUUCAGAUUAGGUGGGUCACCAAUCUGAGAUGUCAGGAAAGGCCUUCUGCAGAGAAAAUGUCCCCCCACCCCCCAUCUGCAGCCAGGUGUGCCGCAUGGCAGCCUUCCCGAAACAUAGUAUGGAUUUUAAAAAUUGGUUUAUUUUUGUUUCUCAACCACUUUAUAAUGUAUUUUUAAUUUAUUUUGUAAUGUCUUGUUUUUAAGUAUUGCUGCUAUCCUUCCCACUGUUUUUAUCGCUGAUUUAUUUUGUGAAAGUUGUACACUAAUGUUCUGUUUUAUGUCAAAAUCAAAAGUAUUUAAUGAUAUACUAGUUCUAUUUAAUGUGGUUAUGGAACCAGCUGGAAACACAAAACCAACAGUGACUGUACAGCAGGCUGGACCCAGGAGGUCAGGUUCAUUUUGUUACAUAUGCAAUAAACUCACGACUUUA